AUGCUCACCUCCUCUAAUGCCAAAAUCAUUGAAGAAUCAUCCAAAUCCAUAAGUGCUUCUGAAAAGGAAAUAUAUGAUGCAACCGAAAACAUCAACAAACCACAUCAAGAAGUAAAGGAGUUCAUAUAUGACUUCAGAACCUCUUCGGAUAAGAACACAACCAACAUGAACAAAGUCAUUGAAGGCUUUCGUUCUGCAUUAAAGGCAGAAAAAGAAGAUCUCUCAACUCUUUGUGUUGACAUCAAGGUUGGCAAUGUAGAACUAAAUUCAACCAUCACCACAAAGAUUGAAAAAUUACAAGAUCACUUGGAAGCAGAAAAUAAGAUUAUGGAUUCCUUAGCGGAGCAAACUCAGAAGACAGGUUCUGCAUGA